UGGCCGAGUAGUUACGAAUGAUGCAAGCUUGUGAAAAUGAAAAGGACCUUUUAUUCUAUUUAGAAACGACGGACAAUUUAUGGAAACCUUUCAACCACUAAACUCACUGUAGUAGAUAUAUUAAGGACGGACACUGAGGAAAACAGCCAGGACAACUAACACAGACAACUCAGUACAACUAUGGCUAAGUCAGCCUUUCUGUGACAGGCUUUAUAACUGUAGUAAACUGUAGACAUGCCUCUUGAAUGUGGAGGGAAGCUAGCCAAACUUUUAUUGAUAUGCAUCAAUGCUGUGUUUUUGAUGCUUGGAAUAGGUGUAUUAGUAAUUGGCGCCAUCAUGAAAUCUAAUGUGUCGUCAAUUAAAGAUGAAACAAAAACAGUCCUUAACAGUGUAAAAACCAGAGAUUUUGGUUUAGGAAAUAUAGCUGACAACUUGUCAAUCUUAUUUAUCGUCGCUGGAGUAUUCAUUCUAUUGGUAUCUGCUCUCGGAUUAUGUGGCGCUUGCAAGCAAAAUAAAGUAUUGCUAGUGAUUUAUGCGGUUUUAGUAUUGGUAUUAUUGGUUAUAAAGGUAGUGGCUAUUGCUCUGUGGUUUACAAUGAAGAAUGAUAUUGAGUCAAAUCUCCAAAAUCAGUUACUUGAUUCUCUCCAUAAAAACUUUGUGAGUGAUUCAGUGAGCAGUGGUAAUGACAUAUCCAACGGAUGGAAUAUGAUAUUUAUAUCUUUGGACUGUUGUGCAGUUGGUAAUGUGACGUCAACUACAAAUGAUUUUGACAAUACCCCUUGGUGCACCACUAGCGGAGAAUGUCAGCUUACCAAUGCUGAGAUUCCUAAGGCUUGCUGUGUGGGAGUCACUGAAACUAAUUACACAUCUGCACCAUCAUCAUGUUUCUACAAUUUGAAUCCUGGAACGUAUAACACAAAGGGAUGCUACAAAGUUAUUGUCGAUCUGUUGGAGCAAAAUAUAACGUCCAAUGCUCGUAGUAUUCUUGGAGUUGGGAUCACUAUUUUCCUUGUUGAGGUCCUUUCUGUGAUAUCUGCAAUUGUUCUGUGCAAACAAUCCAGUAAGGAUAGAGGAUAAUUGAUGACAGUAUCUACAAAGUCUGUUGGAAAAAUGUUGACAAUUUAUUUCUAUAUGUAACUACGUAGAAGGAAUAUAAAAAUUCAGGAAAAUGAAUCAAAAUGUUAUCAAGAGCAUAUUAUGCAGAUAUACAAAAUAACUACUCUGUAAAUUAGUCAGAUGAGUACUGGUGAGUUGUUAAACUUCCAUCAUUUCCGUCAUUUCAUCGCUACAUCAGAGUUAUUUUCUUUUUCCACCAGAAAUAACCCUGAAAGUAUACACUGUCCAAACGGACAAACUUUUUUUCUUUCAUCUCUUGUUAACCUUCAUAAAAAACAACGAGUGCAAAGGAUCUUACUGUUUUUACUAAUAAUUUGUGUGUUAUUGCUACCCAUUCUCAAAUCGCCAUGAAAUGUCUUUUACAAUGUAACAAGUGUCAUUUUGCGCAGAUUUACUAUUAACUUCUGUAAUAUUGUAUAAUAUUAAAUAAUUUAGAAUAUAA